AUGGGCCUCUCAUCACAGAAAUAUAUAGCCGUAAAGCUGCUCAUCAUGUACUUAAAUUCAAGAAAAUCUCAUGAUAUUGAGCUGAUGGUGAAGGAGUUUAAUGGGUUUAAUUUAGUGGCUCAUAACUGUUUGAUUAAAGCAAAUGUUGACUGGGGAAAUGUUAGUGAAGCACGUCGGCUGUUUGAUGAAAUGCCUGAAAGGAAUGAGGUUUCUUGGACUGUGUUGAUUUCGGGUUUGUUAAGAAAUGGAAGAGUGGCUGAGGCAAUGUGGUAUUUUGAGAGAAACCCUUUUCAGAAAGUGUUUUUGUGGACAGCGACAAUUAGUGGGCUUGUGCAAAAUGGAUUGAGUUCUGAAGCAAUGAGAGUGUUUGUGAAAAUGCUUGCAUCUGGGGUGGCGCCGAAUGAUGUUACUUUUACUUCUGUUGUUAGAGCCUGCGGUGACUUAGGUGACUUUGGAUUGGGAAAGAGUGUGUUGGGGUUGAUUGUUAAAGUUGGUUUUGAGGAUAAUUUAUCUGUUUCCAAUUCUUUGGUUUCUUUUAAUUUGAAGUUAGGAAAUAUUGACUUAGCUAGGAGAAUUUUCGAUCGUAUGGAGGAAAGAGAUGUGGUUUCUUGGACUGCUAUUCUAGACAUGUAUGUGGAUACGGAGGACUUGAGAGAAGCUCGUCGGAUCUUCGAUGAAAUGCCAGAAAGAAAUGAGAUUUCUUGGAGUGUGAUGAUUUCAAGGUACAGUCAGGGUGGCUAUCCCAAAGAGGCAGUGAGUCUGUUCCAUGAGAUGGUUCAAUGCGGACUUAUUCCUAAUACUUCGUGCUAUUCUAGUGUAAUUAGUGCAUUGGCCAGUCUGCGAGCUUUGCAAGAAGGAAAGAACAUCCAUGGGCAUGUUCUGAAGAUUGGGAUGGACAGAGAUAUUUUUAUCUGCAGUUCACUUGUUGACUUGUACUGCAAAUGUGGAAAUACUAAAGAUGGACGCCUCUUAUUUGACUCAGUUUUGGAGAAGAAUGUUGUUUGUUGGAAUUCAAUGGUGACUGGUUAUAGUUUAAAUGGCCAACUUGCAGAAGCUAAAGAAUUGUUUAACCAGAUACCUAAUAAAAAUGUCGUCUCCUGGAACUCUUUGAUCACUGGCUACAUAGAAACUGAAAAUUUUGACAGGGCAUUUGAAGUGUUCAAUGAGAUGAUUUUGUCAGGAGAACAGCCGAAUAAAUCCACCUUUUCAAGUGUUCUAAAAGCCUGUGCAAGCCUAGUCUCAUUAGAGAGAGGCGAGUAUAUGCAUGCGAAAGUUGUAAAACUCGGCUUCCAGAAUGACGUCUUCAUGGGCACAGCACUUGUAGAUAUGUAUGCAAAAACUGGAAAUAUUGAAAGUUCUAGGAAGGUCUUCAAUGGGAUGCUGAUAAAAAAUGAGAUUGCUUGGACGGCUAUGAUUCAAGGGCUUGCAGAAAACGGAUUUGCGAAGGAUUCACUUGCAUUGUUUGAAGAAAUGGAACAGACUUCAACUAUUAAACCUAAUGACCUCAUUCUUUUGUCAGUUUUAUUUGCUUGCUCUCAUUGUGAAUAUGAUCAGACAAACAUAUCCUAG